ACCGGCCAAGGCCCAAUCCACCUAAGUUAUGUGCUACCCGGUGCAUGAAGGACGGAGGCCUCUGUGUCAGUGAGUCAGAGCUGCAGAUCCAUGCGCCCGGUUCACAUAACAUUUCGCAUGCUGUUUGGAUAUACUCAAACCAUUUGUCCAUGAGCCUUGUGCACCUCAGUGGAUCUUCCCUUUGACCCUCCCAAUGGCGGCCUCCACCCUGCCCAAGCCUCCCCCGCCAAGCACGUCCCUCCACGUGGCCGUAAUAGGCGCCGGAGCAGCAGGCCUCGUUGCCGCCCGCGAGCUCCGCCGAGAGGGCCACAGCGUGGUGGUCUACGAGCGGGAGAGCCAGGUCGGAGGGACAUGGAUCUACAUGGCCGAGACGGAGCCUGACCCGCUGGGGCUCGACCCGGAUCGGGCCGUGGUCCACUCCAGCCUGUACAGGUCCCUCCGCACGAACCUGCCUCGGGAGGCGAUGGGGUUCAGGGACUACCCGUUCGUGGCCCGGCCAGACUGGUCGGGCGACCCGAGGAGGUAUCCGGGCCACGCGGAGGUGCUGGCGUAUCUUAAGGGCUUCGCGAGGGAGUUUGGGAUAGAGGAGAUGGUGAGGUUUGAGAGAGAGGUGUUGAAGGUUGGCUUAUUGGAAGCUAAUGACGACAGUAAAUGGAGGGUGAAGUCAAGGAACAAAAGGAAUGGUGACGAGGAGGAUGAGGUUUUCGGUGCGGUGGUCGUCUGCAAUGGACAUUUCACGGAGCCUCGAGUGGCGGAAAUUCCUGGCAUUGAUGCGUGGCCGGGGAAGCAGAUUCACAGCCACAAUUACCGCAUACCCGAGCCCUUUAAGGAUCAAGUAUGUCCAAGACUGGGGCUUCUGUAUAAAAAACAGGUUGUAGUUUUGAUAGGGAAUUCUGCUAGUGGAAUGGAUAUCUCUCGGGACAUUGCUCUGGUCGCCAAAGACGUUCAUGUUACAAUUCGAUCUUCCAAAGGGGUAACCCUUGGUAAACAACCUGGUUUCAGCAACAUGUGGCUCCAUCCCAUGAUCGAAAGUGUCCAUGAGGAUGGAGCUGUUAUCUUUGCAGAUGGGACUUCCACCUAUGCAGAUGUCAUCUUCCACUGCACGGGGUACAAGUACCAUUUCCCUUUUCUUGAAACGAAUGGGAUUGUAAGCGUGGACGAUAAUCGUGUGGGCCCAUUAUACAAGCAUGUCUUCCCACCCGCGUUGGCUCCUUGGCUUUCUUUCGUAGGAUUACCAUUCAAGGCCACGCCCUUUCCUCAGUUUGAAUUACAGAGCAAGUGGAUAGCGGGUGCUUUGUCAGGUAGAAUUGCCCUUUCUUCACCGAAAGAGAUGAUGGAAGGAGUAGGAAACUUCUAUGCGGAGCUCGAAGCUGCUGGUAUACCAAAGCGACAUACACAUGACCAGUUUGGAACUCAGUUUUUGUACAAUGACUGGCUUGCUGAUCAAUGCGGCAUUCCGGGUUUUGAGGAAUGGAGGAAAGAGAUGUACAUUGCAUCUUUCCGGAGAAUGCUUGCCCGGCCAGAGACGUACCGUGACGAGUGGGAAGAAAAUGAUUUAGUCUCACGAGCUUACGAGGACUUUGCUCGAUUUACCACAAAUCAAAUAGUCAGCAGAUUCUGAUUAUAUAUGCGGAUUGAUUGGAGACGCUUCUUUGUUUGUACGAAUAUCUUCCGUGUAACUUUGAUAUAUAAUCAUGUGGAUAUAUGAUGACACCACGAACUGCUACUCGAGGUUAGUCAAAUUACUUGAGUUUAUUUGCUAAGUUCCAAAUUGCUAGAAUUACAAACAUA